UAAGAUGAUGCUUGUGUCGCAUUAUUCGAUCAAUCGGUCUGUCUCCUCAUCCCGGAGUUUUGAACCUUCGUUUUUGAGUUUUUAGAAUAACCUAUCCCUCGCAUUAUAAUGAUGUUUUUCACAUUCACGUCGACCUCAUCAUCUGAGACGAUGGAGCAACGCGAAAUUUCAUUUUGUGUUGCUUCCCCCCGCUAUCUCCCAACUUUAAAAAUAUGCAUAAGUUAAAAUUUUCACAAAGGGACAAAGUGAAAAAAUUUAUAACAUUUACACAAACUGGAGAGCAAACUGCGAUAUAUUGUUUAGCCCAAAAUGAUUGGAAAUUGGAUCUCGCUAGUGAUAAUUACUUCCAAAAUCCAGAAGCUUAUUAUAAAGAACCGAAAAAUUCUGUUGACAAAAAGAAAUUGGAAAUAUUGUAUAGCAAAUACCAAGAUCCAAGUGAACCUAAUAAAAUUACCGCGGAUGGUAUCAUGAAAUUUCUUGAUGACUUGAAUCUAAGUCCUGAGAGUAAAUUAGUUCUAAUCAUUGCGUGGAAAUUUCGUGCUGAAACACAAUGUGAAUUUACUAAAGAAGAAUUUAUGAAUGGAAUGGUGGACUUAGGUGUGGAUAGUAUAGAUAAGCUAAAAGCGCGAUUAGGUAGUUUAGAAAAUGAUUUAAGGGAUCCUCUAAAAUUCAAGGAUUUUUAUCAUUUUACAUUUAAUUAUGCAAAAAAUGCGGGACAGAAAGGCUUAGAUUUGGAUAUGGCAAUUGCGUAUUGGAACAUUGUAUUAGACGAUAAAUUUAAAUUUCUUCAAUUAUGGUGUCAAUUCUUACAGGAACAUCAUAAAAGAUCAAUUCCAAAAGACACAUGGAACUUAUUAUUAGACUUUGCACUUAUGAUCAAUUCGGAUAUGAGUAAUUAUGAUGAAGAAGGUGCUUGGCCUGUGUUAAUCGACGAUUUUGUAGAAUGGGCACAACCUCGAGUUCGUCAAUCUCUCUAA